AUGGCACCUUCAAUUACCGACGCAGUAUUCGAAACCGCUGAGAAAGUCAACGAGAAGAUCAGCUCUAAACCUCUGGCUGCUAAUGGACCGGAUUUCAAAGAUGAAGCACCAGCAGUUCAAGAACCUACGAACGAAACUUUCGCUAAGAGAGAGCCAUUGAAACUCUCGGGGGCACUAAACGGUUUUCAAAGCUUCGAUGUAACUCCCGUGAUCGGCUGAGAAUUCAUUGAUGUAAACCUCGCAGAAUGGCUCAGAGCCCCCAAUUCCGAUGAUCUUAUCCGAGAUCUCGCAAUCACUAGUAAGUCCUCUGACAGCUCCCUCCUUGAAAUCUCUGACAUCUGUUAGUCUCCCAACGCGGCGUCGUUUUCUUCCGCAAACAAGAUGACGUAACAAAUGACCUCCAGAAAGAGCUCGUCCAGCGACUAGGUGAGCUCUCAGGCAAACCCUCAACCUCGAAACUUCACAUCCACCCCGUCUCGAACUCGGCACGCGAGCACGGCGGAAAAGACGACGAAAUUAGCGUCAUCUCUUCCGAGCAAGCGAAGAAAAUCUACAGUGAUAGAAUCCCUUUCCAAUCCGAGAAGAAACAGAGUGGGAAAGAGGGAUGGCAUUCUGAUAUCACGUUUGAACCUGUGCCUAGUGAUUAUACUUUAUUGAGACUUACUCAGUUGCCGAAAACUGGUGGUGGUGAGUUUGGCUAACUAUUUCAUAUGGUGGAAGAGAAUGUGAUACUGAUUCAGAUAGAUACUCUUUGGGCCUCUGGCUAUGAAUUAUAUGACCGACUCUCAACACCAUAUCAAAAGUUCCUCGAGGGUCUAACAGCAACCUACGCACCACCCCUAUUCCUCUCCGCCGCCCAAAAAAACAACUUCAAACUCUACGACGCUCCACGCGGUUCGCCCCUAAACGUCGGUUCUUCCCUAACUACAACGCAUCCAGUAAUCCGGACCAAUCCCGUCACAGGCUGGAAAUCUGUCUUUGCAUUUGGUCAUCAUGUUCAGCAAAUCAACGAAGUAACGAAGGAAGAAAGCAGGGCUCUGUUGGAUUGGUUCUUGAGAUUGGUGGUUGAUAAUCAUGACUUGCAGGUUAGACAUAGGUGGCAGAAUGAGAAUGACUUGGCGAUUUGGGAUAAUAGGUCCGUGUACCAUGCUGCGACGCCGGAUUAUAUUAAUGAGGGGCUGGGAGAAAGGAAAGGGCAGAGGGCUGUUAGUAUUGGUGAGAGACCAUAUCUGGACCCAGAGAGUAAGGGGAGGAGAGAGGCGCUUGCUGCAGAGGGAAGGGAAGGUUGAGAUUUUCAGUAGAUGGAAUUUUUCGAGACAGUCGAGUUUGAGGUUUCGGGCAGAAGAUUCUCAUUUUAAGUGCGAUGUUUUAUGAAUAUUAAUUGGAAUGAACGGGUAUUGGAAUAUUUUGAAUCUGGAGGUGGUACUUCUCGCUUGACCAAUGACAGUCGGGAGGAUCUUUGUCUGUUGUAACUGCGCGCAUGGCUAGGAG